CUAAACUAGAGAGAUAUAAAACAACCACGGCUCGAGCUUUUGUGCGAGCUACCCCCAGGCUCACUGUUGCGGCCUUCGAGCGUUGAAGAGAUGCGCGCCUUGAUUGCAUUCACUGCGCUGGUGCUCACAAGCCAUGCGGCAGCACAAUUCGAGAAGAGAAUCUACCAAGCCGAGCAAGCCGAGCUGAAAGGGGUAAAAGUUGGUACCUCAGUGCAAGGCUAUACUGGUCAUGGAUAUGUGGAAGGGUUUGACGAAGCCUCGGAUAGCAUCAUCUUCAGCGUGAACAGCACCUCCACUGAACUCUUCGACCUUGAGAUUGUGUACAAUGGACCAUACGGAGACAAGUACACGACCGUGGUCCUAAACGGAGCUGGAGGCUCGCAAGUUCCGCUCCCUGCAACUACAGAGUGGAAGUCAGUGCCCGUAGGUCAAGUGCUUCUGAACGCCGGUAUCAACACGAUAGAGUUAGAAAACAAUUGGGGCUGGUAUCUUGUCGACGCCAUUGGUCUCCAGGUCUCGAAGCAACGCGGGCCCCACCACAUCACUACUAUACCCGUCAACAAGAAUGCAAACAGCGACGCCAAAGCACUGCUGGAAUAUCUCGGCAGCAUCUAUGGAAGAAAUAUCCUCUCGGGGCAACAGGAUCAGGCUUCCUUGGACUGGGUGACCCAGAACGUUGGCAAGACACCAGCAAUCCUGGGCCUGGAUCUCAUGGAUUACACUGAAUCCCGCAAGUCGCGCGGGGCAUCUUCUACGGAUGUUGACAAGGCUAUCGCGUUUGCGAAAAGGGGCGGUAUUGUGACGUUUUGUUGGCAUUGGGGCUCUCCGGUGGGAUUGAAGGAUACCAAUGACCAGUCAUGGUACCGCGGAUUUUACACCGAUGCGACAGAUUUCGACAUCGAAAGUGCGCUCGUUGACACGACGAAUGCUAACUACACGCUUUUGCUGAAAGACAUUGACACCAUUGCCGUGCAACUGAAGAAGUUGCAAGACGCAAGUGUGCCGGUCAUCUGGCGACCACUCCACGAAGCGGAGGGGAAAUGGUUCUGGUGGGGAGCCAAGGGACCCGAGCCGGCCAAAAAAUUAUGGAAGAUAGUAUAUGAUCGUCUGACGAACCUGCACGGAUUGAACAAUCUGAUCUGGACGUGGAACUCGGUGGACCCAACUUGGUACCCUGGCGAUGAAACUGUGGAUGUUGUUAGUGCAGACACGUACUCUCUGGGGGAUCACGGACCGAUAGCUGCAACCUACAAUAGACUGCUGGCUCUUGCAAAUGACACGAAGAUUAUUGCAGCAACGGAAGUUGGCUCAGUCAUGGAUCCCGUUCAACUCCAGGCAUACGACGCAGAUUGGGUUUAUUUCUGUGUUUGGUCAGGUGACUUCAUCAGCGGUGGUCGUUGGAAUAGCUUGGAAUUCCUGAAGGAGAUUUACAACGACCCUUAUGUGCUUACUUUGGACGAGAUACAGGGAUGGAAGGGGGUUAAUACUCAAUAAAAUGGCAGGAUAAGGGUCCAGGGCCGAGUGCCUUUCGCAGGUGUAUACACAUGAUGCCCUGAUUCACAAUUGCUGGUAACUCUGACGUCCAGGUUGACGACCGAGUCACUAUGGACUAGCUCGGUUUCCCAAGAUGUAUUUAUGGACAUGCAAAACUCGUUGUAACGCGGCAAGGAGAACUGCAAGCCCCGGUCCAUUCUCUCCAACUAGUAGUACAUGUAUACGUACAGGCCACUAUUUUGUCCCAAGUCCGCUGAAUGGUGAGAGACGAGGCUUUAAGCAAGGCGGUUAGCCAACGUGUGGUAAUGCAUAUACCGGA